CAUGCUCCGGACAUCUCUUUCCUUUUUCCUUCUUCUGCCCUCUCUUCUGCGCCGCGGUGUCGUCCGGAAGAACAGGAAAUGGACUGGGAUCUGGAAUGGGAUAAUCGAUGUGCGCGUGCUGCGUCGUGUGUGUGCUGUGCUGGUUGUGCCGUGAUGAAUCGCUGAUGAUGGAUGGCCUGCGUGUCGUGCUUGCUUGUCACGGUCCCGUUCCAAAACCGAAACGAACCUGCGCGAAGAAACAUUGCUGUCGCCAAUAUCGGCUACUUGAACCGGUCUCGGCAUAUUCUGCGGUCGAAAGGAAGCCGCAGAAGGUAUCAACCGGGAAAGCUCGUUAACGAUCUCGCGUGCAUUCGACUUUCGCGUUCCCAAGUCAUCCAAAUUCGACAGCUCGACUUUUCCCAACGGACACGGCGGGGAAGCCCCUUUACCCACGCUAUCGUCAUCGCUUGUGGUUUGGUCAAUCGAGUUCUCUCACCGCUUAGUCGUGGGGAAAAUCUUCAAUGUUGGGCGAAACCACUACGGCAUUCCCGGUGUCGGUGAAGCAGCUUACCGCGGGGACCAUGCCUAUGCAUCUGCAGCUCAGCUACCAGCCUAACCCUUCCGAACUCGAGCUAGCAGAAGUGGGGAAGUCGCUAUUUGAGGUGACAAUGUCCAGCACUGCUACCGACAAAGCUUCAGCCAUGGAAAAGACUGUCGAAGUUCUGCGAACCGUGCAAGCCUGCUGGAAUGGCAACGACAAGCCCGAAUGGACAGAGCUUCUUGCGGUAUUGGGCUGCCUUGGCUUUCCCACGGCGACGUUCUCCUCUUCACAUGACGGACUGGAAGAAAACUCCGAAGAGAGGUCCUCCGCGGGCCUCCUUGAUAUUGCAUCCUAUGCGCAUCGAUCUACUCGUAGGCUUUCUUCGCUACUCUUCGCCAUUCUUUACGUCCGUGGACGCGCCGUCACAGCGAUAUACCAAUCGAAAUGCAACGAACAACAAUUGGAGUUGGAAAAGCUGAGGUCGCUUCAAAGCCAAAUACCGUCACCGCCUACCAAACAGGUGUCAUUCUCUUCUUCAAAGGAUUCAGAGACGGAUCCUCUUCGAACCGGGGAGAUCAGAAGGCGGAGCGUCACCGGCAGCAUCGGGUGGGAUCCUAUCGCCUCGCACAGACCUUCCUUCCUUGCAUCCCCAAAACUCGCCUCAUCGCGUACAUCACACAUGGCAUCGACCAGAACCACCAUGCAUAUGCGAAAAAGCAAGAGCUUAGAUCUCGCACGCUUUCGAGACGGAGGGAGUCCCGAGGGAUCCUUCUUGGCGUCAAUUCCAGAAGACGGCAACAUGCAGUUGCGGAAGAAACAUUCAUUUCUCAACGAGGAUCCGGCCUUCCUAUCGCUUAAGCACAUGGAACAAUCUUCUCCAACGCGAUCGCAAUCCCCGCAGCAAAUGCAACCCUCUGCCAGUCCAGCAGGCAGCAUCAAUGAAGCCUCAUCAAACGCCUCAGCCAACAUCCACCGCAAGCGCUCCUCAUACACCGGCUCGCCCACGCCCACAUCGCAGCUCACCCGCGUGUUCGUACCACCCAUAUACCCUGAAAAGAUCAGCAGCUCAGGUUCCGACACCCUUUCGAACAGUAGCUCGGUGGUCCAAAGCACACCGUCGCAAGUGUCUGUUGGCAGUUCGGGUGGAAGCGACGACACCAAUCCUGCAUACACGGGAAGGCGAGUGAAGCCAGGCAAACGGGCAACGACCGAAACCGGUUCUCCGCCGCCUGCCAGGUCAUCCGUGAGUUCGUUGAAGACCGACUCGGGAAAACCUUCGGUAUUGAAGAAAUCAUCCAGUAGCGCUACGCUUUCAUUGCGGAAGAGAUUCUCGAAUCUGUUUGGUCUCAGGUCUACGAAGAGCAAGGACAAACUCGUGGAAGAAGACCUUGUCCGUGAGUUCGAUUCGGCGCGAGUCAAGCAGAGCAUCAUUCGAAGUCGGCCCUCGAUUCUUCCUCCCAAGACCGCAGACGACAAAAGCUCAGAAGAUCUGAAAGCUUCACUGAACGGACACAUGAAGCGUGACUCUCCUUCCGGAAACGACAAGCGCGCUGCGGACAUCAGGGAACCUUCGAAGAAAGAGUCAACGUUCGACAAUUCUCGAGAGCCAAGCCAGUCCCCUCAUCCCGCUCGGCCCAAGAAGCGUUAUUCCAACAUCGACAAGCCCAAAAGGCGCUCGGGGGUUCCAACAGAUACCGUCCCCAACGGCGUCGCAGCAACGCGGCCAUUCCCACUGGUUCAAUUCAAUGGGGUAUCCAAUACCGACGAAGAUGUUCCUCUUCAUACCGUCCGCGAGAGGGCAUUGAAGAGACGGAGCUACCACGCCCUUCAAGUCGCAGGCCAGCAACCGACCUACAACGGGUCGCGGCAACAACCCCCCGUGCCGGACCUGCCUACCACCCGACCUAGCCGAUACAACGACAGGCGGCACACAUGGGCACCGCAAGCGUUUUACCCUCCCAACCAAUUUCAGUAUCCACCGCCUAUGAACGUGAACAGGCAGCAUUUGCCUCAAUAUGCGAACCGACCGACAACAGCAACUCCGCCGUUGGUUGCGUUUGCGAGCACCCAUCCGAGCAUGCAGCAGUACAAUUGGUGACGGCAAGAACACGUCCAUUUCAGAUAUACCAGCGACGAACGCCGAUAAGACCAGUGCUGCAAAAGAACGAGGAAACAGACGGUUGGGAAUGAUGGUCAACGCGCAGGGGAUCCAACCAUUGUAAAUAUGUGUGUGGUAGCAUCGGGGGUUGCACAGUGUUAGACUCUUCCCUUGGCGGUGGUGACGGUGCUCAAGGGAGUUGAUGUAUGAUGUAUGUAGCAAACCAUGUGCGGCGGGAUGUUCGCCGAAUGUUUAAAUUGUGUUUCUCAUUGCUUGCAUACUAAGUGUACAUGACUUGAGCGUUCAUCAGCAACUUGGCAACAUUCCAAUAUGCGAAGUGUACGAGAUCAUAAG